AUCGAAAAUCAUAUGAUUGUUCAAUGGAGAAGCACGUCUGAUAGGCGUCGACAUAACUCUUCAGCCAGUGUCUAAUUUUCUGGCUCAAUAUCGGUUGUUUUUACGUGUUAGUGGUGUAAUAAUAUAACCAUCAGCCAUGGCGCUCAGCGAUGCAGAUGUUCAGAAACAGAUAAAACAUAUGAUGGCCUUCAUCGAACAAGAGGCCAACGAAAAGGCCGAAGAAAUCGAUGCUAAGGCGGAGGAAGAGUUCAACAUCGAGAAGGGCCGUCUUGUCCAACAGCAACGGCUCAAGAUUAUGGAGUACUAUGAGAAAAAGGAGAAGCAGGUGGAACUUCAAAAAAAGAUUCAAUCAUCAAACAUGCUGAACCAAGCUCGUCUCAAGGUGCUCAAAGUACGUGAAGACCAUGUGCGCAAUGUGCUUGACGAGGCUCGCAAGCGCCUGGCUGAAGUACCGAAGGACAACAAACUCUACACCGAGCUCCUGGUCACCCUUAUUGUCCAGGCACUCUUCCAACUCAUGGAGCCUUCCAUCACCCUCCGUGUGCGAGAGGCUGACAAGAGCUUGGUGGAGUCCGUUCUUGGUAGAGCUCAGAAUGACUACAAAGAGAAGAUUAAGAAAGAUUGUCAAUUGAAAGUGGACACUGAGAACUACCUUCCACCAAACACUUGCGGGGGAAUUGAACUUGUUGCGGUUAAGGGUCGUAUCAAGAUCUGCAACACCCUGGAGUCCCGCAUGGAGCUGAUUGCCCAACAACUCCUCCCGGAGAUCCGUACUGCCCUGUUCGGACACAACCCCAACCGUAGAUUCACCGACUAAACAGUCGCCAUUAAUCACUUGUUACUACUAACAGUCUAUUUAAAUCUUCAAUAUUAAUAGAGUUUAAUAGGUGUUUUAAUUUGCCUAAUUAUUGAUAAUAUAAUAUUAUAAUAAAGUGUAUAAUUAUUGUCUUGAUGAAUGUUAAGUCGCCAGAAAUGUAAUCAUGUUUUUCUGAAUCCUGGUAAUCUGCUGUACAUUAGUUUCGCCGAAGUAUUUUAUUGUUACAACUCAUUCAGUAGACCAUUUUAUAUUAGCGGUUGUAGUGUUUAGGACUUUAAAACAUAAUAUUAUUAGAUCAUGUUUAUAGCAAUUCUCGAGGUUACAGUAAUAUCUGUUUAGUAUUAGCACCAGUUGGCGUUGGAUUGUACGAUUACAUGAUAUUUAUUGUUCUACCCGCAUCUUCCAUAGGGGAAUCGGUGAUGACUGUAAGAAUGGCUUGUGACAGCAGCAUCCUAUGCUAUUUUCACUCAAAUAAUUUGGAUUUGACUGAACGCAGUGUAGUGUCACAAGUCAUUUUUGCAGUCAUACAAUACAUUCCCUUAUCCUGGCAAUAUAAUUGUUCUGUGCUUGCUAUAAAACUGUUGUUCAGAGCACUAUAGCUCUUAUUGUAUGUAAUGUUUCGAUUAUGGCACUGUUAAAUUUCUUAUGUAAAUAUAUAGAUGUGUUGAAA